UUGCCCGACUUGAAGGCAGAAGCUCAUUGAAAGAACUAGAGCCCAACCUGUUUGCUGAUGAAGACUCACCAGGACAUGGUGAUAUUCUUGAAUUUCACGGUCCAGAAGGAACAGGAAAAACAGAAAUGCUUUACCACUUAACAGCCCGAUGUAUACUUCCGAAAUCAGAGGGUGGACUGCAGAUAGAAGUCUUGUUUAUUGAUACGGACUACCACUUUGACAUGCUCCGGCUUGUGACGGUCCUGGAGCACAGACUGUCGCAGAGCUCGGAGGAAGCCAUCAAGCUGUGCCUGGGGAGGUUCUUCCUGGCCUACUGCAGCAGCAGCAUGCAGUUGCUGCUCACGCUGCACUCGCUGGAGGCGCUGUUCUGCAGUCACCCCUCUCUCUGCCUCCUCAUCGUGGACAGCCUGUCGGCUUUUUACUGGACGGACCGCGUCAACGGAGGAGACAGUGUGGCCCUGCAGGAGGCUACUCUGAAGAGGUGUUCUCAGCUCCUGGAGAGACUGGUCGCAGAGUACCGCCUGCUGCUCUUCGCCACGACGCAGAGUCUAAUGCAGAAGGCCCCGGACGCUGCGGAGUCCUCUAAGCAGCCCUGCGAUGGGGACCCGGACUACAGGGCCUAUCUCUGCAGGGCCUGGCAGCGGGUGGUCAAGCACAGGGUCGUCUUCACCAGAGAGGACGAGUCUAAGGGCAGCCGGUUCGCAUUAGUUUCACGUCAUUUAAAAAGUAACAGUUUAAAAAGACACGUUUUCAUGAUCAGAGAAAGUGGGGUGGAGUUUUGUUGAUCUCUGUCACCAAAAAGGCUUUUGGGAGCACUAAGGCAAGUCUUUAAAAGUCUUUUAUAGGCUAAAGUGGUUUGGUUUUAAAGUUUUUAAUUCUGGGGAAAUUAAUAUAAAUAGUACAGUAAAACUUGAAGCUGCUCAGUUCCUCCAGGCUGUGGAAGCUUACCAGAACAUACUGAACUCCACUGAGCUUGUUUUGAAACUCAAUAAAUGAUACACGUUUCAGACUAAGUCACUUUCUGUGUAAUUUAGGGAGGUUUCACUGCCAGUCCCUUGGCCUCCUUGAAGCUGGGGCUGGAGAGGGUGAACAAGUCUGGUAUUCCAGUCAAAGGAAGGAGCACAGUGGUGCACACCUUUAAUCCCAGCACUGAGGAGGCAGAGGCAGGUGGAUCACUGUGAG